AUGGAUUUUUCGAAGCAUGGAAUAUUUGUCGAACGUACGCUAGCCUUAGUUAAACCUGAUGCUAUUAACAAAGCUGAUGAAAUCGAAACUAUUAUUCUAAAACAUGGUUUCACUGUUCUCGAAAAAAGACGUAUAACAUUAACAGCUGAACAAUGUUCAGAUUUUUAUAGUGAACAUUACGGGAAAAAAUUUUUUCCAAGUCUUGUUGCUUUUAUGACAAGCGCUCCAGUUGUUGCUAUGGUUUUAGCUAAGGAAAAUGCAAUACAACAAUGGCGAGAUUUAAUUGGACCAACAAAUUCAAAUGUGGCAAAAGAAACACAUCCAGACAGUAUUCGAGCAUUGUUUGGAACAAAUGAACAGAAGAAUGCGGUUCACGGUAGUGAUAGUGCUGUUAGUGCUGAACGUGAAAUUCGAUUUUUCUUUCCGAAUUGUGUUGUUGAGCCAAUUCCAACUGGACCACCAGCAACAGACUAUCUUGAACAAAACGUGAAUAAAACACUAAUCAAAGCAUUAACUGCUUUAUGUAAAGAGAAACCUAAAGAUCCAGUGGUAUGGUUAGCGGAUAAACUCAUGGAAAUAAAUCCUUAUAAACCAAAACUAAGUCUCACUGUGACCGCACCAUCCACAAAUAAUGAAUAA